AUUAGUCCUCUCUAAUUGGACGGAAGACGGCAUAUGUGCCCUUCCUUCUUUCACCAAAAUUUACUUCUCUUGACUCCCGGCCUUUGUUUUGUUGAGUUGGCUGCGUUGCUGGAUACUUUUUCUUCUCGGCUUUGAAUCCCCCUAUUGUUGUUAUGUUGGUCUUUCCUUGUCCAAAAAAGGAUCAGUUGGCUAUUAGUUUUGUUGUCAAAUUUCAGUUCAGUUUUUCAUUGCCUGAGAAGCAUUGACUUGCGGCUGUUACAAUUCAACUCCAUUUAAAUUUUAGAUGGAAGAUCAGACUCAUCAACAUGGGCAGAUUAUUGAGAUAAGUGGUGAAGUUCCUGUUGGAGAGACGAGCCUCGAAGGGAGCAAGAUAUGUGGUGAAGCGGCUUGUGGAUUUUCAGAUGCUGUAACCAUCUCCAAGGAUGCCAAAGAGCGAUCAGCUUCAAUGCGGAAGCUUUUUACAGCAGUUGCACUUUGUGUUGUCUUCAUGAGCAUCGAAAUAGUUGGUGGCAUCAAAGCCAAUAGUCUGGCAAUUUUAACUGACGCAGCACAUCUACUCUCGGAUGUUGCAGCUUUUGCUAUUUCGCUGUUUUCUUUGUGGGCAGCAGGUUGGGAAGCCACUCCCUGUCAGUCUUAUGGAUUCUUUAGGGUAGAGAUUCUUGGCACUCUGGUUUCCAUCCAGCUCAUAUGGCUUCUUGCGGGGAUUUUAGUUUAUGAAGCCAUUAUGAGACUUAUUCAUGAGACAGGUACUGUCAAUGGCUUCCUCAUGUUUGUUGUUGCUGCUUUUGGUCUGGUGGUAAAUAUUAUCAUGGCUGUCAUGUUGGGUCAUGACCAUAGUCAUGGUGGCCAUGAUCAUGGUCACAGCCACAGCCAUAAUGAUCAUGUUCAUGAUCGCAGCCAUGGAUUGAAGAUUACGCAUCACCAUAGUCAUGAGGAGCAUGAAGAGCACAGCCAUACUGAUGAAGAAGCUAUUGUGGAACCACUUCUCAAGAAAUCUUCCCAAGACAAAAGCAAACCAAAAAGUGAACAUGAACAAAAGAAGCGACAGAACAUUAAUGUUCAGGGAGCUUAUAUCCACGUACUCGGGGAUUCCAUCCAGAGCGUUGGAGUGAUGAUUGGAGGGGCAGUCAUAUGGUAUAAACCGGAGUGGAAGAUAAUUGAUCUGAUUUGCACCCUUAUAUUUUCUGUGAUUGUUUUGGGGACGACUAUCAAAAUGCUACGCAACAUACUUGAAGUCUUGAUGGAAAGCACACCUAGAGAGGUUGAUGCGACAAAGCUUGGGAAGGGGCUAUGUGAGAUAGAUGAAGUUAUGGCCAUCCAUGAGCUGCAUAUCUGGGCCAUCACAGUAGGCAAGGUUCUGUUAGCUUGCCAUGUCAAAAUAAGGCCUGAAGCUGAUGCAGACUUGGUGCUAGAGAAAGUGAUUGACUAUAUCAGGAGGGAGCAUAAUAUCAGUCAUGUGACCAUACAGAUAGAGCAUUAGUACUCUUAGUAGUGAAACAGAUGAGUUGUAUGAGCAUCUGGGGCAGCUUGUUUGUGUGACUUUAUUUUGUCCUUUUUUUUUUA